AUGGCAAAUUCUUCGUUCUCUUUCACUUCAUUUGAUUUCAAUGGAAUCCAAGGCCGUUAUGGUAGUCUUACAGAGGAUAACGAUAAAGAGGAAGAGGUGCUCAAAGGAAAGCAAGAUCAAAUGUUUAUCAUGGAAGAGUUUAAAGAGGUUAAUCUACUUUUUCCUGAAUUCGAGUACCACAACGACAAUAUGGCCAAGAAUGGACUCCAUUUGUUCAAAGAUCAUCAGCAAUUAUUGGAGCAACAACAGCAACAAGCCAAACCAAUUGAUUUGUUGUCAAAUAAUUUCCAACCCAAUUUUGUUCCCCCGCCAGCACAAUCACUUCAGGAAAAUGAAAUUCUGAAACUCAAAAGCGUCGAAACAAGCAGCAACCAACUUUAUAAACCAGCGAAGGAAGCGCCACAUCCAUUUGCAUUAUCAUCUCUUGAACUACUAUGUAAUUAUGCAAGCGGGUUCAAGAAGAUGAAGGGAAAACUAUCCUGCACCGACACUGGAAUCGAAAUUAGUGAAGGGAGUCGCAAGAAAUUAUCAACCGAAGAAAUCAUGAGGGUCGCUGGAGCAAGGUAUAUACACUUUUCUGACCAAAGUUAUGAUGAUUUUUCAAUGGUCAUGCACCCUUUUGGUCAUGCUCUCUCAGGCCUGUCCGAAGAGGAAACUAGAGAUGUUGAACUAGUCCAUCUUCUUCUUGCAGCGGCCGAGAAAGUAGGCCACCAACAAUACGAACGCGCAAGCAGAUUGCUCUCACGUUGUGAAUGGAUUGCGGCUGAGAGAGGUAAUCCUGCCCAAAGAAUUGUUUUUGAUUUUGCCGCGGCUCUUCGAGAGAGGAUUGACAAAGAAACAGGUAAUAUCACGUCCAGGGAAUUACAACUGGAGGGAAAAGGAAUCAAUAUGGCUGAUCACGGGUUGUGUACUAAUUCUGUAUUCCUUUCAUGCUACCAGCGUAUCCCAAUUAAUCAGGUUAUGCAAUUCGCAGCAAUCCAAUCCAUACUUGAAAAUGUUUCAAACGCAAGCAAGGUCCAUUUGGUGGAUUUUGAGAUUAGGAGUGGAGUUCAAUGGACAGCCUUUAUGCAGGCUCUUGCAGAGCGUGAGCAACGCCCCAUUCAACUUAUCAAGAUAACUGCUGUUGGGAUUAGAAAUAAAGAGGAGAUGGAGGAGACUGGUAAGAGAUUGUCAAGCUUUGCUGAGUCCUUCAACUUGCCUUUUGAAUUCAAGGUUGUUUGUGUCUCAUCCUUCUCAGAGAUUAAGGACGGACAUUUCCAGAUUGAAAAAGAUGAAUCAGUCGUCAUUUAUUGUUCACUGAUAUUGAGAGUAAUGAUUGCAUGGCCUAGUUGUUUGGAAAACCUAAUGAGUGUGAUCAGAAAGCUUAAUCCAUCUAUCAUGGUGGUCAUUGAAGCUGAAGCUAACCAUAAUUCACCGUCUUUUGUGAAUCGUUUCAUUGAAGCCUUGUUCUAUUACAGUGCACUUUUCGAUAGCCUAGAAACAUGCAUGGACAAUGUUGAGCACAAAAUUAUGCUGGAAACAAUUUUUAACAAUGGGAUUAGAAACAUUGUAGCGAAUGAGGGCGGUGAGAGAACUGUUCGAAGUGUGAAGAUAGAGGUGUGGAGAGCAUUUUUCUCAAGAUUUAGAAUGGUAGAAAUGGGAUUCAGCGACUCGUGUUUGUACCUGGCUAAUUUGGUUGUUAAACAAUUUCCUUGUGCAAGUUGCUGCUCUCUUGAUAAGGAUGGGAAAUGCCUAGUUAUUGGGUGGAAAGGAACGCCGAUUCUUUCUCUUUCAGCUUGGAAGUUCUCUAAAGAAAGAGGGAGAUCAUUUCUACAUUAUAGGUUCUAA